UACCAACAACAAUAAUGGCGACUGCCAUUGCCAAAGUUUUGUAAGUCAGCGUCGGUUUGAAACACAGCAAUUUAGCCCGAUUUAAUGCGUAAAUGUCAUUUUAUAUGUUCGCAAGAAAGUAAUAACCGACAAAAUGGAUGAAAGGCAUUGGUGGAUUGCCAGCAAAAUCCAAGAAACUUUUAAGAUUGGAGGUUAUGAUAAUCCAACGUUGUUGGAGGAUUUUAUCAUCGAAGACAUAACGCUGGGAAAAAUAAACAAGUUUUUAAAAGCAAGUGGACCAUGCCGACUGUUUUUCUACUGCGAAAAGCCCGAAACAGGCGUGCUGUCAACCCGAGAAUUGCAUGUAACAGGCACGCUUGCAUCACUGAAAGAUACAAAUUUGGAAGGAGUAAACAUUCUUUAUUUUCUGAGAAACCGCGUCGAUAAAGAUGUUGAUGGCACAAGAAUGGAGAGAGAUAUUUUCUGUGGAGAGCUCAAGCAUAAUACCAUCGAGACACUCACAACUCUGUUGUCAGAUGUCUAUAUUCCACUGCUCAAAGCGCAGAAAGACUGGGGAGAGUGUAACCCAGAUGGACAGUCACAACUAAUGAACAACAUGGACAAAUUCCUCACAGCUCUCAAUGAAUCAACUGCCUCACUUCAGUCUUCUAAACAAAUGAUGCUGAAGCAGCCAGACCAUGUUGUUUUGAACGACUUCAAGCAACAACGCGCUGCUGCCCUCGAUCCUGCCCUUAUCAGUCAGUAUGAGGAACUGGUCACAGAAUGGAUGAACACCAUCGAGGCCGUACUCACAGAUACCUCGGAUGAAAGAUUCAUGGAUCCAAAUGCGGGGCCAUUGUCAGAACUGGAACGCUGGAGACGUCGUCAGCGCCUACUCACCAACAUCACUGAGCAGCUGAAGGGCAAGGAAUGCAAGGCCGUCAUUGGCGUCCUCAUCACUGCUAAGUCACGCCUCCUCAAGAAGUGGAAGGCCAUUGAUGCUGCUAUCACAGACGGUAUGAACGACACAAAGGACAAGGUGAAAUUUCUGGAGUCGCUCAAGCGUCACUUUGACCAGCUGUACAGCAUGGAUACCACCCCUGCCUCGAUCAUCAACAACGCCAUCCCGGGUCUCGUGAAUAGUGUCAAACAGAUGGACUCCAUCUCCAGAUACUACUCCCGCACUGGCUUUCUGGGACUCAUGUUUACCAAGGUAACAAACCAGCUGGUGAUGGCGUGCAAGGAAUACAUCAAGAACUGCACGCUGACCAUGGAGGAUGACGACCUGCUCUGGGCGCGCAUACAGGAGGAGAUUGAGAACCGAGACACGUCCAGCGCAGACGUCGACCCCAAGAUCAAACUGCUCAAGAGUCAGGUGGACGCCAAACUCAAGGCAAACCGAGGCAAAAGUAAGGAAGGCCGGGACCUUGGCCUUGGGGACGACACACUUUAUGGACGCCUGAAAGCGUGCCUGACCCUGCAGGGGUUCUACCGCGAGACAAUACGCACACUAAAAGACUCAAUUGGGCAGUCCCAGAACAUGUCCCAUUACACGUCCAUGAGCAGCGUUGUAGGGACAGGAAGCUUUGCAACUCGGCGAUUUCUCAUCAAGCGAGCCACAUCAAGCAGCAUGGGAGUUAAUGGAUCAAAUAGAGGCGUAUUGAGUGGGACCUCUAGAGUUACGGGCACCUCACCUAAGAAGGGCGUAUCCUCACUUCUGGCAGACGUUCAAGGUCACGGUGUCCCAAUCACUGACGAGGAGGCAAUCAUGUCACACUUUGACUCAUUCUGUAACCGCAUACGACAACUCAUGGACGUCAUCAAUACCCUGGCGCAAUACACCAGGAUGGUGAAAUCGACCCAAGGGGUUCCCAAGCCCCGCAAGGAAGACCUUGUGAUUGAUGACGGCACUGAGCAGGAGGAGUGGCGCAAGUACAAGAAACAGGAUGAUGGCAAACAGAAACCUACAAUUGAGUUUGAGGAUGAGGACCCAGACCUGGCUGCAGUGCAUGUGAAGAUGACCUCCCCUGACCGCUCUCUUCGCGUUAUAGCGGAGGAUGAGGAGAUAUUGGAGGAGGGUGAGGAGGAGGGGGGAGAGUCGAGGACUGCCCGCCUGGAUAACGUACUCGAGCGGGGAGAUGAUAGUCACGAUGUUACCACUAAUCAGCAGGGACUCACAGAGACUGAACUGGCUACACUCAGACACUACUACCCUGAGGAUGAGGAGGAUGAGGGUCCUGCCAUAGCAACCAUCAUCGGGGAGCACCUGACCAACAUGACCAUGGCCAUGAGUGAGAACGUAACAACCAAAACCAUGCUUGAUGUUGAGUCAAAGGAUAAGGACCGCUUUGAUGACCACUAUUCAGGCUUCCAGAAGAUUGUAGGAGACCUGGAGAGGUUCCUUGCCUCCUACCUUCACGUUAUCUUCUGUCGUAAAAUGAAAACCCAGCAAGGUCUGGACAUCGUCACUAGACUGCAGUCGGUGCAGAACCGUCCCGGUAUACGAGCAACCCUGGCGGAGAAGUUUGUGGAGAUAUUCAACUGGUACGAGGCUGAUCUAGAGGAAGUGCAGAAAAUUUACGAGACCCACAAGGAAAACCCACAGUUGGUACGCAAUGCCCCUCCAGUGGCAGGAGCCAUUCACUGGUCACGACAGCUUCUCAAGCGUAUUGAGGACCCAAUGAAAGUCUUCCGGGACAACAAGGCAAUCACCCAGCUGGGGGAUUUUGGGAGGAUCGUUAAGAUCUACAAUCGCCUGGCGACUGCACUUGUGACCUUCGAGAGCCUCUGGUUUACACAGUGGAAGGCCAGAAUUGAUAACGCGCGAAAUGGACUGCGGGCUACACUUUUUGUGCAUCAUCCAAUCACCAAUGAGAUUGUAGUGAAUGCUGAUGAAAGGGUCCUAGAGCUGAUCCAUGAGGCCAAAUGGCUGACGCGCCUCGGAAUCCAGAUCCCUGAAUCUGCAGCAGCCAUCAUGGCGCAGGAAUCGCGGUUCAAGAGCUACAAGAGUCACCUGGAGCUGGUACUGAACGAGUACCGCAGUGUGUGCGAGGCUAUCCCUGACCCGCUCCGUAACCUGUUCACACCGCACACAGAGUUUGUCAAUCAGCAGCUGCAGCCGGGAUUGAACACCCUGGCCUGGAACAGCAUGAACAUUGACGCGUUUUUGCACCAGAUCCACUCUGCGACAUCUCGUCUGAAGACGAUGCAGAAGCAGGUGAAUGACGUGAUGGAGAACAAGGUGUUCAAGACGCUUGACACAAUCAGCAACUUCUACCUGUUUGACCAGGAACUUGCCUUCUCCAGGUCAUGGCCCCCAGAGUAUUUCCGUGAGGAGAUGUUACGUACAGCUGGAGACAGGUCGGCCAUGUUGCAGGAGUAUGUGGAGGUCGUGAUGGAGGGACUACAAACAGUUGCCAACAUCCUAGCUGUGAAAAAGGCUUAUUCUCUUGUGGGCAUGUCCAUGUCAAAUCUUUCAUCCACGGCUUUCCACUCCAAGAAGAAAGCUGGCUCAAUGGAGACCUUGAAAAAAUCAAUUACGCCCGACCCCCACGGCAAGGGUAAGCGUGUCAGUGUUAUUGUGGACCCAGAGGAGGUGGAACGAGAGAAACAGAAGGUGCAGCAGGAGGAACAGCUUGUCCUUGACCUAGUCGCCUAUUUCCGUGACCACGUCUACGAAGCCGUGCUUACAGCCACGUCACGCUCCCUGGCCUUGCUGGCAGAGUCAACAGGCUGUGACAGUGAGGUGGUACGGGUGAUCUCUGCGAUGUCAAACCAGUCUCAGUCGAGUGGCAGCAGCUCCCCGUCUCCACGCCAACAGUGGGGCAGUCGUCACGGCAGCCGGUCAGCCACGCCUGACCAAGGCGAGGGUGGGCGAGUUCCCAACUAUGACCGCCCGAUGUCCAGUCUCUCUCAACUCUCCAAUAUGACCUGGACCACGGAGAAGUCACACCAGGUCACAUACCUCCAGUUUGAGGUGGAGGUAAAAUUCAGCAUUCCUACCAUCAUUGUGGAGCCUACGCUUGACGUGUCCCAGACCGCCAUAGCUGACAUAGCCAAGGCCAUACUUGACGCUAACAGAGGUAUCGUGUGGACCAGUGAACGAGGGGAAGAGAGUUUCUAUGAGCUCAUUUCUGAUGACGAGAACGUUGGCUUUAUGAUGUCACAACUGGCUAAUGUGGUGCAAGAUCUGGAGCCCGUGGUGAACAAGCACCUGUUCCACUUCUCCUACUACAACUUCCUGUGGAAGGAUGACAUGCAUGGAAACUUCAAGGAGUUUAUCACAAAGGACCCAGGCAUGUUUGCCAUCAAGAAGGAGGUAGAAAGGUUCCUGUACAUAGAGAAGAAGGUCCUGGGUAUCCCGCGGGUGUUGUCCGUGGGCCCAAUCUGCCUACAAACUGACCCUAUCAAGGACGCCCUACACGGCUUCUCCAUGGCCUGGAAGACACAGUUUGCAUCCAUACUCCAUGAGGAGGCCAAGAAAAAGCUUGACCAGGCAGUGCUGUACCGUUCUAACGUGCGGAAUCGUCUUGAGCUUCACGUGCAGACCCUGGAUCAGCUUAACAGCACGCUGCAUCUACUGGAGGAACUGAGGGACAUGGAGAACAAGAUAGACGCCAUCUACCUGCCCAUAGAGACGAUGUACGACAAGCUGCGCGAGUUUGAGCUGCGUCUGCCGCGCAGUGAGGUGGAGGAAGUGGACGCGCUACGGGAGAACUGGUUUGAGCUGAUGGGCCUGGCUGAGACAGUCAGGGAGGUACUGCUCAAGGAGAGACGGGGAGCCUUCCAACAGGAACUGGACAAGCAAGUCAAGACGUUCGUAGUGGAGGUGAUCCAGUUCCGCAAUGCAUUCGACGCCCAGGGACCGGCUGUUCCUGGCAUACCACCCUCGGACGCCGUGUCCCGGCUCCAGGACUUCCAGCAACGCUAUGGACUCUAUGACUCCAAGAGGAAGACUCUGGACUCGGUCUCAAAACUCUUCGGUAUCCCGUGCAAGCCUUUCAAUGAGCUCGACAAGACCGGAGAGGAGCUGGACCUGCUUAGUCAGCUGUAUGGCCUGUUCCAGAAGUUCAUUCGCUUUGACACGCGCUUCAGGGACACCCUCUGGGGCGAGGUGGAUCUAGAUGCCUCCUAUAAAGAGAUUGAGAGCUACUGGGACGAGUGUCUUGCCUUGCCCAGCAAACUGAAGGACUGGGACGCCUAUAAUGACCUGAAAACCAAGCUACAGACUUACCUUGAGGUCUUCCCACUGCUCAAUAGCCUGGCUGCCAAGGGUGGUUCUGGAAAGUAUAUAUCGAUUGAGAUCCGCAAUCGCCAUUGGUUAGAAGUGAUGCAGGUCACAGGCAGCUCAUUCCAACUGGAGGCCAAUGUCUUCAAAUUGUGUCACCUGCUGGACAUUGAGCUCAUCAAACACAAGGCUGCAAUAGAAGAGAUAUGCCUGGGUGCGAGUCGAGAGCUGGAACUCGAGAUCAAGAUGCGUGUGACGGAGGAGGAGUGGACAGAGCAGGUGCUUGUGUUUGAGCCGUACAAGCGACGCGGCCCCAUUUACCUGGACAAGGUGUCCACAGAGAGGCUGCUUGAACAGUUGGAGGACGCACAGGCCCUGCUGGCUAACAUGCUCACUUCUAGGUACAUCGGUCCCCUGAGGGAUGGGGCUGCAGGAUGGGCAGAAAAACUGAAGGAAGUGGCAGAGGUGCUGGAACUCUGGCUGGAAGUGCAGGAUCUCUGGCAGUACCUGGAGGCAGUCUUCUGUAACCAGGUGGCAGCUAGGGAGUUGCCCCAGGAAGCCAAGAGGUUCGCACGUAUAGACAAAAGUUGGACAAAAAUGAUGAAGCGAGCCUUUGAUACCAGAAAUGUCCUUCAGUGUUGCCAUGGUGGUGAGGUUCCUAAGGCCGUUUUGCUACGUCACGUGCACGAGGAGCUCGAGAUUUGCUUCAAGUCCCUCAUGGGAUACCUUGACAACAAGAGGCGCGUGUUCCCCAGGUUUUACUUUGUGUCUGACCCCAUACUGCUAGCCAUCCUCAGUCGACCUACUGACCUCGAAUCUGUGAAGCCACAUCUCAAGUCAUUGUUCGCAUGUAUUCACGAUGUGAAGCUAGAGGAGACCCGUUCCGGUCCCAUGGAGCCAACAGACGAGGUUGGAUUCCCGGGCUCAUCCACCGGCAUACGGUCUGUCACGCCGGGAAGCCGCGCCAAGACCUCCAGUAUCCUCUCACAACAUAAUCGCGGUGAAACUCCACCGAAAAUUGACAAACGUCUGGCACAGAUAUAUAAACGCCAGAAAACUAUUUCCAGCUCAGGGGAGCCUGCGCCCAGCAUGCUUAUAUCAAUGCUUUCUUCGCAAUUCGCACAAAAAAACGCGAUAGACCGAGGAGGGUCAAUGGAAACAUCUGGACUUAACAUGAACCCCAGUGCCCUGCAGCAAGGCAUGACCUAUUUACCAUCGGAGGGGGUGGUCGAGGAGGUCGUGAUAAAGGACGCAGUAUCAGUCUCCAGUGCAGAUGGCGAGAGCUUCACACUGACAGAGAAGGUCACAUUGACUGAUGAAGUGGAGAUCUGGCUUUCCAAGCUGCGAGACUGUGUGAGCAGGACAAUCAGAGAAAUGAACAUCAGUAUCAUCCAGGACUGCAACAACAACUUGCCAAUAGAUGAGUGGGCCUUGAAGUACCCAGCCCAAGUGUGCCGUAUGGGCAUGCUGUACCACUGGACACGGGAAUGUGACCUGGGUAUCGCGGAGAUUAAAUACGAACGCAAGGCCCUGCAGGGUACGCUGAAGAAGUACAUUGGCACCGUGUCUAAACUGGGCACAUUGCUGGCGCGGGGGCAGUGGAGGACCAUGGAGGAACCCAUGCUACCCGUACACAAGAACAGGAUUGAGUGCAUGAUUACGAAUUCCCAGUUUUUGCGUGAUGCCCUUGACAAUCUGUGCCAGAGAAAGCUGCGAGAGGUGUCGGACUUUGAGUGGAGAAGGUGCAUGCGAUGUUACUACCAGCCUGUCGUGGACGAUGGUUAUGAAGCUUGUAGUAACGAUAGUAAGAGAGAGACGCCAGACAUGCGAGAGGACAACAUGGAGCCCCUGAUCUGGGUGCUGGACACCUCUUACCAGUACGGCAAUGAGUUCUAUGGUAUGAACCCUGGCGUGGCCCUUACACCAGUCACAGAGAAGUGCUUCAUCACGAUGUCACAGGCCCUGCAGCGGUUCCAAGGUAGCGCGGUCACUGGGCCAGUGGGCAGCGGGAAGACUGAAACUAUAAAGGGUCUUGGCAACGUGUUGGGACAGUUCAUCGCCAUGUUCCAGUGCUCCGGGGAAACCAACGCCUCCUCCCUGGCCAAGAUCAUACAGGGAUCAGCAAUGGAUGGCUGCUGGUGCUGUUUUGACGAGGUGCAAGCUCUAAACCCAGUUGCCAUGGCUACCAUGUUAGAGCAUCUGGAAUGUGUCGUCACCGCUCUCAAGUCCAAACAAACCUUCGCAACAUUGGCAGACGGCCAAGAGAUCCCUCUGAAGCGAUCUGUGUCAGUUCACGUCACAGUGAACCUAGUGGAAGGCUACAACGGACUGCCUGCGUCUAUCUCCAACGACAUCCGUCUGCUGUUCCGUUCCGUGUCAUUGGUUCGACCUGACGUAGGCAUGAUCAUGCGUGCCAAGUGUACGGCUCUCGGUUUCAAGGCUCCAGUAGUGCUGGGAUCCAGGCUGAAAGUCCUCUCAGACCUUGCCAAGGACCAGCUGCCCCCCGUGAUCCACCACCACUUCAGCAUCGAGGCCCUGGUUGGGGUACUGAGGCGUGCCAUGCAGAAGCGCAAGUACAUCCGAGACGAGAAGACCCAGGACAAGAUGGAGCUACGCAAGGAGGAGUCGUCACGGUCCAACAGUCAGGCCUCUGAUAGCCGGCCCAACCUGCCUCAGCAGAGCUCUACAGUAAUGGGUGACUCGAAGUGCCGUAUCAUGUCGCGCAUGAAAGUUCACGAUUCUGCUCUGAAACUUGUGACUGCAGGCAACCUGAAGCUCGGUGCUACGGCUGGCCACAGAAAGACUGGCACACCUAACCCGCUGACAGCGGCCGGCAAGCUGGAGCAUGCACUGGUGGCACAGACCAUUGAGGAGAUGAUUGCACCCAGACUCAUGGGAGAGGCCAUGCCAAUCUUCAAGAGUAUAUUGAAGGACUGUUUUGCCAACUUGCCUGAUGCACCACCCAUCAUUGGUGCUAUGUCUGCGCGCACCCGAGGCUUUGACAUUGACCUUGCACUUGAGACGAAGGCCAAGGAACGUGGUCUAAUUGCCCACAAGCCGUGGCUGGCCAAGUGUGUCCAGCUGUACAACCUGUCCAGUGUUCAUCACGGUUUGAUAGUGUCUGGUCCGCCAGGCAGUGGAAAGAGCACCUGCAUACAGACUCUAAUUGACUCCCUGUCCAUGACCCCUAAAGCGGCCCUGUCCCGGGGGUCAGGGGGAAGCAAGGGGUCAACUGCCACUGAGAAGACCCACAAGCUGAUACGUAUCAACCCCCUGGUCGUUGACGAAUCUGAGCUCAUGUUUGGACACCUUUCUCAGAAUGGAGACUGGACUGACGGGAUCUUCACCAAUGCAUGCAGGAAAGCUAACAGGAACUUGAGUAAGACGUGGCUAUGCCUGGAUGGUCCACUGAACACAGGGUGGGCAGACAACUUCAACAGCGUUCUCAACGGAGACAAGGUGUUACAUUUGCGCAAUGGUGACAAGCUGUUCCUGUCAGACAACAUCAACAUCAUCUUUGAGACAGCGAGACUGGCAGAGGCCUCCCCAUCAACAGUUGGUAGAUGUGGCAUUUUGUAUAUUGACAAGGAUGUGGUGGGCUGGAAACCGAUCGCGAAGGCGUGGCUGGAAAAUCGCACUCCUCAGGAAAUACAUAGUAAUCGACUAACACAGAAAGGCCAGACAAUAAGUGGACAGAAAGUGUUACAGCGUGCCUUCCAGAAGACUUUGGACCCAGUCAUCAACUUUGUUCUCAAUGAGGCCAAGCCACGACUGCGUCUGUCCGAGGUGGGGAUGUUCAAGACAUGCCUGGGUCUGCUGGCAGCCAUGUUGGCAGACAACAUCGAGAUCGGCGGGGAGCUCCACAUUGAGAGGCUCUACCUCUUCUGUCUCAUCUGGACGUUUGGAGGACUCCUGGAGGCUGCAGAUCGCAAAGCAUUCAGUGACCUCCUGAAAACAUUGUCUACUGCGCUGCCUGACGAUGAUCGCGACAUCUGCGUGUUUGAUUACUACGUGGACGAGUCUGGUGAGUGGGACCCGUGGAUCUCGCGCGUGCCGGAGGCUGUAUAUGCGGACAACCAGAACAUGCUUGGCGAAGUGUUUGUGGACACUGUUGACACUAUCCGCACUAGGAUUUUGAUGGACUUUGCAUCCGCCUCCGGUCAGAACGUUCUGCUCGUUGGGCCGCCUGGAUCAGGAAAGACAACUCUUAUUGACGAGUUCAUGGACUUUCAAGAUGCACAAGUGAGCGUUUGCAAGCGACUUGUGUUUUCUGGAGCAUCAACAGCAAAGCAGCUGCAGCAAUUUGUGGAGUCAAACAUCUACCAUCGGCAGGGCUUUGUGUAUGGAGCCAAAGAGAAUAAGAAACUGAAAGUGUUUAUUGAUGACGUGAACUUACCCGUGCCUGAUAAGUACAACGUGCAGAGAUGUAAUCAGCUGCUGAGACAGCUGCUGGAUGACAAGGUCCUGUGUACGCUACAGAAGCCAUUUGAAUGGAAGACCGUGGAGGACUUCACAGUGAUCUCCGCCAUGUCCAUGUCUGAGUUCCCGUCCGUCAACAACCAGAUGCUCUCCACUAGGCUACUGCGUCACUUUGCUGUGUUCAACCUGCCGGGACCUCAAGAUGACAGCCUGAAGACAAUUGUCCAUGGAAUCUUGGAGGCGAAUGUCACAGACAACGACAAGCCCGGUCUUGAGAUUGAUCUCCACAACAGCAUUGUGAAGGCAUCGUGCCAGAUCCUGGCGGCCGUACAGUCCGUGCUGCGCCCCACCCCCCUGCCUGGACGCUACCACUACCUGUUCACGCUGAAGGACCUCACUGCAUGCUUCCAGUGUCUGAAGCGGCUUCCAGAUGAGUCAAUGGCCGAUGAGUUGAUGGUGGUGUCGCUAUGGAGACAUGAAAUGAACAGAAUCAUAAGAGACCGAAUCUCCCGUAGCUCUGAUCUCAACUGGUUUGACGAGGUCCUGGAGAAAACUGUGGCACAGUUCUGGCCUAAGCUGGAGGCCCCACUUCAUGAGCACUUUGUCACCUUCCCCACGGACGCACGCAUGUAUCAGAGACCGGUCACUACCGUCAGUGCCAAACACAUCAAGAUUGCCCUGCAGCCUGUGGAGACGCUGCGUGACCUUCACUCCUGCCUGCACACCCACCUGACACGCUACAACGAGGAGUUUGGCAACGUGAGGCUGAACAUCAUGCUCUCUGACUUCGUCAUCGCUCACAUCGUGAGAGUGCACCGUAUACUGAGCUUUCACCAUGGAGGCAACAUGCUACUAGUGGGUGCGGUGGGCUGUCACCUGACCACGCUGUGUCAGCUGGCUCUUCAUGUGGCAGACGUGCAGACUCUCAAGAUGGACACGUCGAAACGCAGCAACUUCUUUGACAGCCUGCGCUCUGCUAUCCGCCUUACAGGCUCUGAAGGGAAGAUCCUAACACUUGUGUUUACGGCACGAGACCUCGAGGACCCAGUGUACCUCGAUGCUAUAAAUAGCCUGCUGAUAAGUGGGGAGUACCCACAUCUGUUCUCCAACGAUGAGCUGGAAGGGCUGCUGCUAGCUAUCGGUCCAUCCAUGAAACGCGAGUUUCCCAACAUGUCGGUGGACCCGAUGAAAUUCUUUAUUGCUAGAGUGAGGUGUAACCUUCACAUUCUGAUCUGCAUACAGCCUGGCCAUGAUCUGCUCAAGAUUGCUGCAAGGCAGUACCCGGGCCUGCUGAAUGGCUGCAACAUCAACUACAUGUGUGACUGGCCCCAGGAGGCCCUGCUGGGGGAGGCGUCAUACUUCAUCACCAAGAACCAGCUCACCGAGGAGUUUGAAGACCUCAGUGAGCACAUCACAACAUGCUUGGCCAACAUCCACAGCUUUGUGUUGCGCGACUGCCGCCAGAUGCCGUGGGCGGGCGACCUCAACCCAGAGAUCACGCUCACGUCCGUGAAGCAGCACGACAAGAAGAAGGAGCAGCUCAAGGUCGCAAGCAGCAAGGUGCCCAACCUGCCCUACUCCAAGGUCAUCCUGCAUGAACGCAUCAGGUUGAAGCAUCGUGGAACUGAGAUAGCUAAGAAUGAGAUGUUUGUUGGACCAACCACUUUCCGUCGGUUCAUGGAGAGUUUCCGUUACCUGUACACGGUCAAGUCACAAGAUCGUACCCAAAAUGUGGAACAGCUCAAGAAAGUCUUGGCCACCCUAGACCAAACACGCAGCGAUGCAAAGGUCAUGAAAAAAGGAAUCAAGACAACAACGGGAAAAUUCGAGGUGGCAAAAGUGCGAACGGAGCAGCUGCUGAUCAAGCUAUCGAACAAGGCGACCAUUCUGGAGAAGUUGAAGGCCAAGGUGGGGCUGAGUACGUCCCUGGACGCUUACCUGCACCUCAAUGAGAUGGAGACAGAACAGCAUGAGGAGGAUGAACUGCUCAAACAAGAGGAGUAUGAUGAUUAUGACCGUGAGUUUGACAAGAUGCGCGAGGCGACGCUGAAGACAAGAGGUGUGCAGGCGCGGGAGGAACUCACCUCGUCCAAACAACAUGUGGACGAGUGUCGUAAAAACCUCGACUAUGCUCGAGAACAGGUGCUGUACUGGAAGAGUAAAGUUGACCGUCAGUGUAUCGAGCGUCUCAAGGGCUUUGCUAGCCCCCCAGUCUUGGUCGGCCAGGUGAUGGAAAUGGUGAUGAUCUUGAUCGGGAAACGCUUGCCAUCGCAGCGUAUUGAGACACGUGAAUACACGGGCAAGGAAGAUAUGUCCUCUAGAAUGUCUUCAAGCUCUUCAGGCACCAAGAUGAUCGUCAAGAAAUCUGAGCCGAGAAGUUUACUUGCCAAGAAAGAAGAUACAGGACGGGUGGACAGAGCUCAGUGGAAGGGCAUGCUCAACACGAUGAAUGACAGCACCAAGUUUGUGGACAUGCUGCACAACGUCUCAUGGGAGGACGGAUUGCCCGAGGACGUGCUCAGAGCUGUUGAGAGCUGCCUGUCCCAGGGCAAGGAUGGAGAGCUAGGGGUCACCGGAGAGGGUUCACUGCUGGAGAAUGCGCAGGACGUUAGUAUUCAUGCCAAGAAGCGAACUCCAUCACCAGACAACACCAAGGGUAUAACCAUUGCCAACGCCAAAUACUCUAGCGAGGACUCCGCUGUUCUGGUCCAGUACACGAUCGCUAUCGUCGAGUACACUCGCAGAUGUGGGCCACUGAAAUCUGCACUCGAACGCAUGCAUGAACUUGAGCGGGAAAUUGAGGAGAAUGACCGUCUUCAGAGGGAAAAGGAAAAGGAGAAUGGAAUUGAAAACACGGAGCAGCCGGCUAAGGUGGAGGCAGAAGAGGAGGAGCCUCCCGAGGAGGACUAUGAGGAGGAAGACCUGCCUCGGAUUCAGGACGAGGUGAACCAGUUGCAGACAGAGUUUGAUCACGCGGUGGUGGAGAAGCACUCCCUGGAGAUGGAGCUGCUCUCCAUGAACGAGAGACUGAAGGCGGCCAGUGAAAUGAUUGAAAGCCUGAAGGCCCAGGAGGCAGACUGGAAGCUACAUGUAAAGGACAAUGACUGCAAUGAGCUGUUGCUGGCCAACUGCAUCUCGGCUGCAGCCUUCCUCACCUACUGUGGGCCCCACAACAUGGACACCCGCAAACGUAUGGGGGAGUUCUUCAUGCAGGUGUGUGAACAUCACGGUAUGCCCCUGCCCAAGAAGUGCCUCUUUAGGAACAUGCAGCUUGUGGAGUUCCUCUACACACCGUUGGACAUCAUGCACCUGGAGAUCAAGCGGCUGCCUACAACCACUCUCAUGCUGGAGAACGCCUGCUUCCUGAUGCAGGAGGACAGCAUCACCGCCUGGCCCCUCGUCUGUGACCCCACCAGUCGCAUCAUUGAGUGGCUGAGGUUCUAUAUGAAGGACAAGGGCCUUGUGGAAGUCAGAUAUACCGAGAUUCGGUCCCAGCUGGAGAACUGCCUGGCCGAUGGCAGCCCGCUCCUGGUGACAGACUGUGAUAUUGAGAAGCUGAGCAAGGACUUGCGGUUCCGCUGGGCCAUCCAGAAAUGCUCGGAGUUCAUCCAUGGCAAGAACAGAUUCAAGAUUAUAGUGGAGGACCAUGAGGUGGAGUGUGACCCGCGGUUCCGUCUGUUCCUUCACACGACUGUUGAGCCACACAUGGUGCCGCAGUCCCUGGCCGCCUACGCCUCGGUCAUGUACUUCCAGCUGUACCGAGCCUGCGUCGAGGAGGAACUGCUCAACCGGUUCAUGGCGCACGAGAAGUCUAGGCUCGAAGAUGAGAUGAACGCACUUAGACAGGAGCGUCAAGAGAACAUGGAGUUCAUAGCCAAACUCGAGAAACAGAUGCGAGUUAACCUGUCGAGUGACGUACGACUCAUGACCGACCUGCAUGCCACUAAGAAACUGGCAGAGCUGAAGAAGCAGUACGACGAAACCGUGGAAAGUCAAAUGCGUGUAGAGAUGAGUGAGAGUUCUAUCCUGAAGGCCAAGGACGGGUUCCGCUCCAUUGCACAGCGAGCGGCUGUGUGUUUUGACGUGAUGCAGUACAUGCGUGAAGUGAACCUUCUCUACCAGGUCUCUUAUGAACGGUACCUGGACGUGUAUGAGGCAGCCAUCAGCCACUCAGAAAGGUCUGCUGUGAAGGCUGUACUAGAGAAGGUUACAAGCCACGCUUACUUCUACAUGGCAAGAGCUCUUCUGGAACGGGACCGCUUCAUCUUUGCCCUUUUGCUUGCUGUAGAGGUGGAGGACUCUCUAGGUCGUAUUGGAAUCGGUGAGAGAGAAUUUGUAAUCUCCCCUGACUACAGCUCCGUGGUCAUGCUGUCUUUGGGUCACAUUCAACCAAAUACAGAGAACAGGAUUGCCCAGGCCAAGAAGCCGUUUGAUUGGAUGAUGGACGACCAGUUCCACAACCUUCAAGUUCUUGCCACUCAUUUUGAUUGGUUCCAGGAAAUGUUUGACCGUAUGCCUAAAGACGGCAGGGAGACUCAGUGGCGCGGACUCUGUGAGACGGAGAGUCCAGAGACCUACCCCCUCCCAGACAAGAUGGAUGAGGUGUAUAAACCCAUUCAGCAACUGUGUGUUAGACGGGCUGUUCGGCCUGACAAGGUCAUGCAUGCAGCUACAGUCUUCAUAAAUACAGUCCUAGGGAAGAAUACUCUUCCUUCUUCCACGGGUCGUAAAGGAAAAAAACUCAAAUUUGCAAUGCACAAUGGGUUCUAUGGGGACAUUGGGUUUGACCUCCCGACCUUGCUUCGCCAGAGCAGUGCCACCAUUCCCAUCAUGCUCCUGUACAACCAGGAGGCAGAGAUGGCGUCCAAGCUGUUUGUGGAUUUCUCGUAUCGCAAGCAGACCAAGGGACAGCUGGUCCCCAUCACAGAUAACAACCCCAACACCGAGCGCACGGCCCGCAAAUACAUACAGAAGGCCAUGGCGGAGGGUCAGUGGGUGCUCCUACACGGCGCACACAACGCCCCGGGGCUGCUGGUCUCCCUGGAGUCCAUUCUGGAGGAACUGUCCGGGGCUCAAACUCCAGACCCGAACUUCCGCCUGUGGAUCUCAUGCAUGGCCCUCAAGGACAGCCUGCCUGACCGCCUCAUACAGAAUUCCGUGCGCAAUAUCAUUGACUCACCAAAGGUGAUGAAGGACAGCCUGGUGCGUUCGUUCUCCAACUUUGAGCCGGACAUCCUGAAGCAGUCGUCCAGGGCUGAGUGGCCCCUCAUGCUUCACAACCUGUGCUACCUGCACGCAGCUGUACAGCUUAGGACGCGCUUUGGCUACGGAGGCUGGAACAGUCCUGCAGACUUCAGAAAUAUUGGCAACUUUGAACUGCAGGAGUCUCUGUCGUUCAUCACCAAUGAGUUCCGGGACCAGAUCACAUAUGUGAGCCCGGACGGCUCCCCGCAACCCCGGAUCACAUCCUGGACUGGGAUCCGGUACAUGCUUUCUGAGGUGAUCUAUGGCAGCUACAGUACAGAUGAGAAUGAUCAGCAGAGCCUGAGUGCCAUGAUAGACUACUGGGUGUCACCCACCGCCGUCAAGAAGGACUUCGAGGUGGCCCGAUUGAAAUACCGGCACCCGGCAGCAUUCUUCAACCCCAAUGUGCGCCUCAGCACCCUGAUCCAGGCCCUUGAAGGGACCAACUACCACGCCCUGGACAUACCAGAGGGCUGCCACAUACAUCCCAAUGUCGAGCUGGGUCAAGUUAACUAUACCCUUCUUGGAGAUGACCAGUAUGUGUUUACACGCCUCAACAAGGUGUUUGACGCCAUGCCAUCCACUGAAACCCUGUCUCACAAGCUGUUCCAGAGACCUCCAUCGCCAUUUGAAGGUCCAGCACUGGCCAACAUCAGCAACCAGAGUAACAACCCAUCAGUGGUGGGGCAGGGCGUGUAUGCCACGGCAAGCUUUGCCUCGUCCAAGAUGCGCAAGGAUGUGGAGCUCUGGGAAAUCUGCCAUACUAUGCUGCAGAAGGUACCCAAGGCUUACAACAAGGACUACAUCGUUGAGAAGGUGAAGAAGUUGGGAGGGUUCACGACGUUCAACUGCUUCAUCAUGAAGGAGCUAGAGACCAUGUACAGGCUGCUCACAGAGAUCAAACAGACACUCACGAUGAUCCGUAACGCCUGUGAGACAGAAAGCCUUGGUGACCUGGUGUCUGAGACCGUCCUGUCAGCUGCAGACGACCUCUACAACCUGCGUAUCCCUGCAGUCUGGUGUCACAUGUCAGGGGCGUCUGCCCCUCCCCUCACCUGGGGACUGGGCUCGUGGCUCAAUGAGCUACAGAGCAGGUGUCACCACUUCGAGAAGAUACUCAUUCAGGGCCGUGAGAAGUUCCCGGCGUACUGGCUCGGCGCGUUCUUCAACCCGCGCGGGCUGCUGGCGCUCAUGAAGCAGGACUACAUCCGCACGUACUCCACGGAGCGCUCUGGGAACUUUGAACAGUUUGUGUUCCAAACUGAGGUCACAUCAAGGGACAAGGACCAUCUGCGGGAUCCGCCACAGGAAGGCAUGUUUGUGUUUGGGAUCUACAUCUGGGGCUGUGCCUGGGACAAGACCACAGGAGAGCUCCAGGACUCGCCGCCCAAGUCAGGCUUCGCCCCGCUGCCCGUGGUCCACCUCACCUGCUGGCCCGUCAAUGAGAAGCCAAUAAUGCAGGAUGCAAACCGCGCGCCGGAGACCUACCAGUGUCCCAUCUACGCGUCCCGUAUAGCCACCCGGGACCCUAUCAUGGAGCUGGACGUGCGGCGCGAGGGCAUCCCCUCCACACGGUGGGCCCUGAGAGGGCUGUCAGCCACAAUCAGGCCUUACUAGGUCACCCUGGAAAUAUCAGGCCUUUUUAGGUUGACCCCGACAACACCAAGGAGUUGUGACGUGUCCUGUAUAAGCCAGAGUUAUUAAGGGUAUUUUGAACAUUAUUUCCUAGUUAAGUGCCAAGUAAUUAUUUGCUCCACAUAUACCUGCAAAAUGUUUUUUUUAUUCGAAAAUUCAAGAAAUACGUUGUGACUGUGUUUUUUAGCUCGGCUGUUUUAGGAGAAAACCUGAGGUAUUGUCAAAGCCAGCUCGCCGUCCGACAUCCGCCGUCCACGUCGUGCUAAAACCUUUACAUUUUGUUAAGGUUUUUAACAUUAGCUCUUAAAUCAAAGUGCUUCAACCUACAACUUUGAAACUUCACAUGUAGCUCCACCUUGAUGAGUUCUACAUGCCACACCCAUUUUUGGGUCACUAGAUCAAAGUUCAAGGUGACUGUGACCUCUAAAAAAAAAAAAAAUUCUGACAAGCUUUCAUUUAUUAAAAACUGCCCCCGCAGCCGAGCGUGGCAUCCGUUAUGCGGUGCUCUUGAUACUUGUUCUCUCCAAAGAACUGCUGUGACUAUACUGCUGAUGAAAAGCCUUAAGUGAUUGAACUUGUUAAUAAUAACAAUUUGUGUUAUCAUUUGUAACUACUUUAUUGUGAUUGUAUGUUUGCAGAUGACAAUACCAUGUUUAUUGUUCUGGUAUUCAUGUUUAAUGACUCUGUUUUAUUAAUGUGUGCAUUUCUUUAAGUUUCAUUACAGUUCAGUCUAUAUUUUCUAUGCAUUAUACUGCCAAAGGGAUCAGAUGUUCUAGAGCUUUACCCAAGCCAAGUUUCUCACCAUCAAUAAAUCCACCCACCCCAUAUAUUGUUGUUUCACCUUUUAUUAAAAUACCAUUAGUGGCAAUGUCCUUCGUUGAUUGGUAUCUCAGAAUUUGUCAUCUGAUUGUCCAUGUAAAUGAUGAGUGUUUUUUUUUCUCCACAAAGGUGACUUAAAGUAUUUCAAUAGUAGAUGUGAGAUGUGUACCUAACUGCCUUUUAUCAUAUGUACUGGUACACAUAUUUUUAAUGAUGGGUUUCUUUUUGUUGAACAUGUUAUGAAAAUAAUGUGUUAUUGGAAAAUGGAUAUAAAAUAAUUAUUUUUGGUCAAUAUACAUGGGGGUUACAUAAAUUGAAUUAUCAAUUUUUCUUGAAUAUGUAUACUUGUGUGUUUACUGCAUGAUGACCAUCUAAAAGAUGUGUGCCUUUUUCAUAAAUAUAGAGUAUUUAUUUGCAUGUGGUAGUGUUAUAUGUUAAAAAAAGAUGUGUUAUGAAGGUGUUGUGAUAAAUGAUGUGUGAUUGUUCAUGUAUUUAUUUAUAUUCUUGUCAGUUAAAUUUGAUUGCUGUAAAUGUUGUUUUAUUCUUUAUGUUACUUUGGUUGUUAUUUUCACCUUUAUAUGUGAAACAAAGAUUACAGGCCCAUUUAGCAACAGCAGUACAAUUGCAUAACAAAUAAUUUUCAACAACAAUUUUUGACGUUAUAAACACAGAGCAAAGAUACAUAUAAACAUACCAAAUUCUUUCUUAGCCUAUUUUGUUAACACUUCUUAACACUAAAAUUGAUUUAAGCUGGGCCCGAGACUUUUAUUAUAUGGAUCUGUUCAAUUUUUAAUAUUAUCAUAAGGGUUAUUAUAUAAAUUUAUUUCAGCAUGGGUAAUGUUUUGUUUUGAUUGUUUUAAUAUUUAAUCAUUUAUGAUGAUACAAUCUUUUUAUUUACGUAUGAUGCUUUAACAAAUUAAGAAACAAACUGAAAGGAUACAAAAUAAUAGACAAGUUUCCCUUCAAACCAACAGAUACCUAUGUAUCAGUUUACAAUAACCUAAGUAUUGUGUGAUAUUGAAAUGUUUAAAUAUGCAUAUUGCUUGUUGUUUUGAAUUGAAAAGAAAGAAUAAAUCUGUUACUGAAACAAAGGAGCUAGCUGUUGCUUUUUAGCUCACCUGAGCACAACGUGCUCAUCGUGAGCUAUUGUGAUCGCCUUUUGUCCGUCGUGCGUUGUGCGUUGUCAACAUUUACCUUGUUAACACUCUAGUGGCCACAUUUAUUGUCCAAUCUUCAUGAAACUUACUCAAAACAUGUGUCCCAAUAAUAUCUUGGACGAGUUCGAAAAUGGUUCCGGUUGAUUGAAAAACAUGGCCGCCAGGGGGCGUGGCAGUUUUAUAUAUAGCAAACCUUGUUAACACUAGAAGUCACAUUUAUUGUCCGAUCUUCAUGAAACUUUGUCAGAACAUGUGUCCCAAUAAUAUCUUGGUCGAGUUCGAAAAUGGUUCCGGUUGGUUGAAAAACAUGGCCGCCAGGGGGCGUGGCAGUUUUCCUUAUAUGGCUAUAGUAAAACCUUGUUAACACUCUAGAAGUCACAUUUUUAGUCCAAUCUUCUUGAAACUUUGUCAGAACAUGUGUGCCAAUAAUAUCUUAGACGAGUUCGAAAAUGGUUCCGGUUGGUUGAAAAACAUGGCCGCCAGGGGGCGUGGCAGUUUUCCUUAUAUGGCUAUAGUAAAACCUUGUUAACACUCUAGAAGUCACAUUUUUAGUCCAAUCAUUAUGAAACUUGGUCAAAACAUGUGUCCCAAUAAUAUCUUGGACGCGUUCGAAAAUGGUUCCAGUUGAAUGAAAAACAUGGCCGCCAUGGGGCGGGGCAGUUUUCCUUGUAUGGCUAUUUACUACAAAACCUUGUUAACACUCUAUAAGUCACAUUUAUUAUCCAAUCUUUAUGAAACUUUGAAAAUGGUUAUGGUUUGUUGAAAAACAUGGCCGGCAGGGGGGGGGGCGCAGUUGUCCUUAUAUGGCUUUUGUGAAAACUUGUUGACACUAUAUUAGCCACAUUUAUUGGCCAAUCUUCAUGAAACUUGGUCAGAACAUUUGUCCCAGUGAAAUUUUGCCAGAGAUUGAAGCUGGGUCAUAUGAGCUCAAAAACUAGGUCAAAAGGUCAAAUAUAAAAAAAAAAAAACAUGUUAAAAGUCACUUUUUUGGUCCAAAAUAAUAUUCAUGAAUCAGCUUGCAUUUUUUUAGAAUAGUCUAGUUCCUUUGGCUUUCAGGUGAGCGCCUUAGGGCACCCGAUGGCCCUCUUGUUUAUUAUAAAUUGAAACUACUAAUUAUAGACCGUUCCAUAAUUUAGUAAUUACCCAAUUAUCUCCCCUGAAUACUCUCCGCGUCCGCCAUUACACUACUGCCAAACAACCGGUAACAUAUAUAAGAGAGCACCGAUUAUUCAACGGGUGAAUUUCUUUCUUUUUGUAAAACUUGUUUGUUUGUCAUGCAAAUUGUAUGAAAUAAAGUUUUUCUGCUAGA